CAAAUGUUGGCGCAUAAAUGGAAUGCCCGAAUAAGCUUACGCGCUCUGUGGAGGAAUUGGAGGAAUUAAGUAGCCUCAUCAAGAGGAAUAAAUCGGACGAUGUAAACUCGCUGGUGUUUUACAAUCAGGAUGGACGUCCUAAUUCUAUGUUAACAGUUGAGCCUCUAGAACCUGAAAAAAGCAGUUAUUACGUUUUUCUCAAAUACCACACUUGCUAUGAUCUACUCCCCGAAAGCGCCAAGCUUGUUGUUCUAGAUACAAAACUGAGCAUCAAAAAAGCGUUUUAUGCACUCAUAUAUAACAAUGUUCGAGCUGCUAUACUAUGGGAUUCAUCCAAACAGAGUUAUUCAGGGAUUCUAACGAUAACUGACUUUAUCAAGGUUUUAGUCACUUUAUAUCCUCCCGAUAGUGGGAAAAUGGAUGAAUUUGAAGAAAGUUCCAUUUCCAGUUGGAGAGAAAUCAAUACAAAUUUCACUACAAUCCCAUUAGUUCAUGUUACACCUGAAUGUUCAUUAUUGGAUGCAUCAAAAAUGUUAUUACAAUAUCGUUUUCAUCGUUUACCUAUUAUUGAUACAUUACAUGGCAAUGCAUUACAUAUUUUAACCCAUAAACGAAUAUUAAAGUAUUUGCAUUUAAAUAGGCAUAAUUUACCUCCAGCUAAAUUUAUAUCUAAAAGUUUACAUGAACUUAAACUAGGCACUUAUAUACCAAAUGUUCAAACAAUUACAAAUAAUACAACAAUUAUAGAAGCUUUAAAAUUAUUUCUAAAAAAUCAAGUAUCAUGUCUACCAGUUGUCAAUGAUGAAGAUGGUCAACUUAUUGAAAUUUAUGCAAAAUUUGAUGUGAUUAAUUUGGCCAUUACACGAUCAUAUAACAAUUUGAAUGUUUGUGUAUAUGAUGCACUUGAAUUUCGUAGAUUAAAUCGAGAUCGUUAUCCAACUCCAUUGACAUGUUUAAAAACGGAUAGUUUACAAGAUGUUAUGGUGAAAAUUGUUGAAUCCGGUGUACAUCGUUUAAUUAUUGUUGAUGAAAAUAACAAAGUUGAAGGAAUUAUCUCAUUGUCAGAUAUAUUGAAAUUUCUUACAAAUCGGUCAACUGAUGAUAAUCAUCAUCAUCAUCCAAAUCAUCAUCAUAAUAAUAAUACAUUGAAACAAAGAACUGAUCUUGUUCGAAUUAAAAAAUUCAUUACAAAUCCAUUGCGUAAUUCAUAUCAUCAAUAAAUAAAACUAGUUUGUAUGCAUCAUUCUUUCUCUCCGCCCUCCCCCCUCUCUCUCUCUUUGUAUUCCCCUUUUUUCCCCAAUGAAAUGUUAUAAGAAUGAUCAAUCAAUUUAACAAUGAAUGAUUAAAAUGAACAUAACGAUAACAAUCACCUAGAACUAAUUGACAGUUUUAUAGGUUAACAAUUAAAAUAACCAACUCAUAGUUUCGUUUAUUUGCUUCUUUUUUUUAAAAAUGUUACAUUACUGUUACUGCUGACAUUAGUAAUAUUGUUUCCAUUAUUAUGAUUAUUACUAAUCGACUUAUUGUACUACUAAUUAUUUCACUCAUUUCCUAUAGAUAUAAUCAUCACUUAUUCUUUAAAGAUUCCUAUUCUUUAAUUUGAAAUUUACUAUUAGUUUUCUACUAUUUAAUUAUUAUUUUUCAUGAUACAAUUAAUGAUAAAAAAAAACAAUCUUAUCAAUAGAAAUCAUUAUUUUUGUUCAAUUUCACUAAUCACUAUGUUCUCUGCUCCUCCUCCUCCUCCUACUCUUACUCCUACUCCACUCCUUCUCCUCCUUCUCGAUCUCAUAAAUACCAAUCAAUUUGCAUAAAUUACAAUUUUAUUCCUUAUUUCUUUAUUUAUGUACAUAAAUAAUUAUUUUAUAUUAUGUUUAUUAUUGUUCUUUUUCUUUUUAUCUUACUAUUAAUCUCAUAUAUGUGAAUUGAUAUUUCACACUAUAGAUUUUAUUCUAUUCUUAUACUACAAAACAGAAACAAGAUCUUGUUUGCGUGUGUGUGUGUGUGUGUAUUUGCCUGUGUCUGUAUCUGUGCCUAAUUUUCCAUACAUAUUGUUUAUGAUAUAACAGGAUCUCUAUGUGUAUCCAUGCCUCUUUUUUUAAAAAUAAUUUUACUGAUUGAUAUAUUAAAUAAGAACUUUUAUCUAAAUUUGAUUGAAUAGUUUCACAAUAUUUGGGCGCCGAUUUAAUGUGAAACAUUCAAGAGGAAGAAUGUUGUAUUUGUAAAAUCUCAACAACAACAAAAAAUGAAUUUUUUGAAAUAAAUUCAACAUUUCGCCUGGCAAUCUGGUUGUUAGCGGGACAUAGACUGGAUUAAAUCAUGUUCAAUGCAUGCUUGCGUUGGCACACACUGAGUGGUUAAUUCUUAUUCAAUCAGAGUUAGUCAAUACUUAGUGAACACUCUAGAAAUCUCGUGUAAAAAACUAUAAAUAUACUAACGUUUUCCAUAUUGUGCUUCUUAAUUCCAUCUAACCUUGUUAUUUGGAAUAUAAUCUCUUUUCCUGUUCAA